GCGAGCAUCCACAGCCAGGAAUGAGCUAUCGGAGGACCCGCCCGGGACCUAUGGAGGAAGAGAACAGCCUGGGGGAGGAUGCUGAACUCCGGCUGAUCCUGGUGGGAAAGUCCGGAGGCGGGAAGAGCGCCACGGGCAACACCAUCCUCGGCCGGCCGGUGUUCAAGUCCAUCCUGCAGCCAAACACCACCACCCUGAAGUGCGAAAGGGGUCAAGAAAGAUGGCAAGACAAGAAGGUCUCCGUGGUCGACACACCCAACAUUUUCGAUUCUGAAAACCACAACGAGACUGUGCAAAAUGAGAUCACGGCUUGCGUCGAACUCUCCCGGCCUGGCCCCCACGCCCUGAUCUUUGUGGCCCAGGUGGGACGCUUCACUGCCGAAGAUGUGACAGCUGCAAAGCGGGUCCGGGAAAUCUUUGAGGCCGAGUCGGCCAGGCACACGAUCGUCCUCUUCACCUUCAAGGAGGAUUUGAGAGGGGAAUCCCUGCAGGAGUACGUCCAAAAUUCCAAGAACCGCAAUCUGCGGGAGCUGAUCCAACAGUGCGGGAAUCGUUUCUGUGGCUUCAACAACAAGGCCACAGGAGUCGAGUGGCAGGCGCAGGUCUCGGAGCUGAUGGAGAUGGUGCACACGAUCGUCCUCUUCACCUUCAAGGAGGAUUUGAGAGGGGAAUCCCUGCAGGAGUACGUCCAAAAUUCCAAGAACCGCAAUCUGCGGGAGCUGAUCCAACAGUGCGGGAAUCGUUUCUGUGGCUUCAACAACAAGGCCACAGGAGUCGAGUGGCAGGCGCAGGUCUCGGAGCUGAUGGAGAUGGUGCACAGUGUCAUUUCGGAGAACGGGGGGAGACACUACGUCAGCUGGAUGUACGACCUCCCCAUGGCAGAUACGGAUGAGAAGGCCAAGCCAGAUGGAGAACGCAAAGAAGUGACGAUGGAAGGAAAGGAUGCCGAACUCCGACUGAUCCUGGUGGGGAAGACUGGAGGUGGGAAGAGCGCCACGGGCAACACCAUCCUCGGCCGGUCGGUGUUCAAGUCCAUCCUGCAGCCAAACACCACCACCCUGAAGUGCGAAAGGGGUCAAGGAAGCUGGCAGGACAGGAAGGUCUCCGUGGUCGACACACCCAACAUUUUCGAUUCUGAAAACCACAGUAUGCAACACGAGAUCGGGACUUGCGUCGAACUCUCCCUGCCUGGCCCCCACGUCCUGAUCUUUGUGACCCAGGUGGGAUGCUUCGCUGCCGAAGAUGUGACAGCUGCAAAGCGUGUCCGGGAUAUCUUUGGGGACGAGUCCGCCAGGUACACGAUCGUCCUCUUCACCUGCAAGGAGGAUUUGAGAGGGGAAUCCCUGCAGGAGUACGUCCGAAAUUCCAACAACCGCAAUCUGCGGGAGCUGAUCCAACAGUGCGGGAAUCGUUUCUGUGGCUUCAACAACAAGGCGACAGGAGUCGAGUGGCAGGCGCAGGUCUCGGAGCUGAUGGGGACGGUGCAGAGAGUCGUUUCGGAGAACAGGGGAGGACACUACGUCAUCCGGCUGCCCAAGGUGCCCAAG